UUUGUAAUAAUAUAAUUGUACUAAAACAGCAAUAUGGAUUGGAAAUAUAUAUUAUCUAUGGCCCAAAAUGCCGAUGAAUUAGAAGAAAGCAAAAAAGAUGAGUUACUCAAUACAAUUGGCUGGUACGAUUUCACUAACGAAAAAGUCGAUGCGAAAAAACACGCAGCACUUUUACGUUUAUGUCAAGAGAUAAUGAAAUACAAGUCGGAGCAAGUUGAAGCGCUCCUCGCCGAAUUAGAUGAGAUGGCCGUGAAGCAAGCAGAAGAGGAAGCCAAAACACGCGAAUCUGAUGAUAGAAGCAGUCGAUCUAGGAAGUCAUUAGAUAGUGAUGCACAAGAUAUGAGAUAUCGUGAACUUAAAACCAAAUAUCGUAAACUACAAAAACAUGUAGAAUCAAACAAAGAUGAAAACGAACAGUUAAAAGAGAAAAUAAAAAUGUUGGAACAAGAAAGAGUAUAUUUACAAAAAGAAUUACGUAAUGUUCACCAGAGAGAUGAUAGUGCUUCCGAUAUUUCAGAAACAGUCAUAGAUCAACAAAGAAAUUUAAUGGAGAAUGUACAACAGAAAAACACUCAAAUAUCUCAACUUUUAACAGAUAUAGAAAAUGUAGAAAGUGAUAAUUUACAACUACGUGCGCAAUUGUCUUCAUUACGGGAUGAUCUUUCUGAUGCAACAGACAAAAUAGAUUCUUUGGUAGACGAUAAUAAAUUACUUCAAGUACAAAUUGAUGAAACAAAAGAAUCUUAUUUAAAAAUGCAAUUAGCAAACAGCAGUUACAAAGAACAAAUCGAAAAGUUACUCGAAGAAAAAAAAUCCAGGGAGAUAGAGUUUGAUCAGUUUGCAAAUGAAAUUGAUACGCGCAUAGAAGAUUGGAAGCGAGUGCUUGAAACAAAAAACAAAGAAAUUAAUCAAUUAAAGUCGAAAACUAAUCAAACUUCUCCCACACGCCCAUCCAGUUCGAAAAGUUCAACGAGUUUGCUGCCUGUAGAUGAAACUCAACUUGGUUUGUUACAAAAAGCUCUAGCAGAACGCGAAGAAAACAUAAUACGCUUACAGAAGCAACUUGAAAAGGCCACAAAAGAUAUGUUGAAGUCAACUCAAGUUCUGAAACAAGUCACAAAAGAAAGAGACAUGUACAAUAAAAAGUGUGAAAAGAUAAAUGUCAUGAGCAGAGACUUGAAGAAACAACUAAGGGCUGCUCAUCAACGUAGUCAAGAAUUGGGAGAAGACAUUCAAUAUCAAACCAAACUAUUGAAAGAUAAAGAAAAUGACAUUAACGAGUUGAUACAAAAAAUUGAAGAUCCUAAUGUGCAAAAACUCUCAGAAGAAAUAGAAACAAUCAAAUCAGAGAAAAGAACAAACGAAAAGAAGUUAUCUGACUUGGUAAGAAGUUAUAAUAAACUCAGGAGUGUGUCAGAUAAUGUUGAAAGAGAAAAUGCCACUUUAAGGGACCGAUUAGGACUUACAGAAGAUGAUUUUAUAAGUACGAAAUGUGUUAAUACGCAACAAAAACGUAAUAAGAAACUAUUUGAUGAACUUAAACAUAAACUGGAUAUAAGCGAAGAAGAAAAACUUCAAUAUCGUGUGGAAGUUCAAAAGUUAUCUAAAAUUAUUUCGAAUUUAAGUGAUCAGUUACUAGAUUUAGGUGAAACACCGGUUGUAGAUGGUCAAGAAAUAAAUGUUUCUAAUUUACGCACUAAACAAACUGAAGAACAAAAUGUACAAAUGGCUGAUGCAACUAAAUCGGAAUACAAUGCACUUUUAGAAGAAAAUGAUGCUCUGAGAAAAGGUUUACAUGAAAUUCUUGAUAGUAUUCAAACACAGCAAGAAACCUCGCCGAGGGAAAUCAAAUCGGAAACGCUGGUCUCCCUGUUGAGAGCACUUGACGCAAAGCAUGUUUCCGGUUGGUAUCAUCCGGCAAUGCGUCUGCAAGCAGAAGUUCAUUCCCUGCAGGGAAGCAAUACUACCCUUAGAGAUCAAUUACGUAUAGCCAGGGAAGAUUUGGAUAAUUAUAAAGAAAGAGCUUUGCAUUUGAUAACAAUUGAUAAUCAAUUAGAUUCAUCAAAUGCUGCUGCAAUAGCUAAUCUUAACAAUCAUCUCAUAAACGUUUUAAAGAAUUACGGAGUUGAUGAUGAAACCAAUGUAAAACUUGUUGAGAAACUCGAGACGUAUAAAAAAGAGUUUUUACUUGUUCAGGAACAAGUUGGUGUUUUGUAUAAUCAAUACAAUGAUGAAAAAACUAAGUGGGAAGACGAUUUAUUGGCGAGUGAAGAUAAAAUGAAAGAAUUAAUCGCUUCGAAUGCAGCAAUGGAAGAACAACUAGCAACUAUCAAACUUCUCACUGAUCCGGAAACAGAAGAUGAAGUGAAAAUUAAAGCAGCUGUAGAGGCAUCAGCAAAACUAGUCAUCAUGAAUCGUAAAAUGCUACACAUGGAUAAUUUGGAGAUGCGUUAUAAAAAUGAAAUUAAUAAAUUAAAAAAUCAGUUGCUUGAAGAAACCCAACAGUGUUCCAGAAAAGUAAAUAAGUGGAAAGAAGUUAAUAUGGAAUUAACACAACAUAUUGAAAAAUUAGAACUGGCUGCAAAUGAAAAGUUUAUUUUUCCGGAUGACGUAAUCAAGCUACAGAAUGAUUAUGAUGCUAUGUUGAUAAAGCAACGUGAAUUGCAGCGAACAAUUGAAGAUGUAUCUGUUGUGACAAAUAAUGAAGUAGAAAUAUUGAAAAAACAAGUUGUAUUGUUAGAAAGUGAAAAAGAGGAAUUAUCGAAGACAUUACUAGAAGUGAAAUCUCAAAUAAACGGUGUUAGUGAUAUUGGAGAGUUGCAAAAACGUUUAGCUCAAUCAGAAAUAAACGAAACCACAGAACGGCAACGCGCUAAUCACACAAACAGUUUAUACGAAUUAGUAAAAGAACAAUUGGCAAAAUCAGAGGAACGCCAUCAAGAGUAUCAAAAAUACAAUGGAGAACUAAUGCAGAAAAAUCUCUCGCUGCAAGAGAGCGUGAAAAUUCUCGAAGACAAAGUUGUGCACUAUGUGGAUGGAGCGUUGUUCCAUGCUGCGCAAGCAGAGCGUGAUCGACUUGUUGAUGAAUGCCAGCGUCAUGCAGGCAAUGUUAGCGCGUUGCAGGAUGAGUUGAACGUAUUGCGAAAGGACAUGGCCACACGCACGCUUUGGUCCAACCUGGAUCAAUACGAAUGCCACAGUUUGCGCCAUCAGGUUGUCGAUUUGCAAGCAACAGGCGACGACAAGGCUGUGAUCGCUCGUUUGUCUACUGAUGUGGUGAUGGCACGUAUGGCCGAGACUGAGGUUCGGAAUAAGCUCGACGAAAUGGUCACGGAAUUAACCGACUGCAAACAGGAAAUGAACCAGAAAAUUUCUAGUUUGUUAAAGGGCAAUGGAAAUUUCAAGAGUACAAUCGAAACAUUACGUCGAAAAAAUAGCCAUUUGGAAUCAAUAAUAAAACAACAACGAAAUCAUUAUCUAGGCUAUGUGCCUUAUACAUCACAAGAAAAUUUAGUUUCCAAGAUUAGGGACAUUGUGAAAGAAAAGAAACUCGUUUACGAGACAAUGGAGCGUACCGAGCAAAUCGAAUUCGAUUGUCGGCUGAUAAAAGAGAUAUUGGAGUCGAAGACGGACGUGCUGAACGAACUCAAUCAAUUGAUAAGGGAUGGAGAUGCGCAGGCGAGAGCACUGGAAAAGUGGUUCUUGGAUAAAACGAAUGUGCAGCUGCAGGAAUUGCGAUGUCGCCGGCAGGCUGAAUUUAAGGAGGCGCAAUUGAAGCAUGCCACCGUGCGUUUGCAGGAUCAGGAGGAGCAAAUUGCACAGCUGGAGGCCGAACUGCUGCAGACGUUGUGCUUACGCGAGAGCAGCGAAACGCAAUACCAGAUGGAAGCGAACGAACCGAGCAAUGCUUUCCGGUCGCGUUCGACGCAAUUGAGAACGACGCCGGCGAAUGUUAUCGAAAUUACACCUGUAAUGAAAAGCAUUGAUACACAACACGCGCAUACCCAAACGUCUUUUAACUUAAACUCAACAUCAGCAUCAUUUGAGAAGGAAGAGAAAGAUUGUCAACAAACAUGUAAUCGUCUUCAAGCGGAAAUACAAAAAAAGGAUGAUGAAAUUCGUGCGCGUUGCGAUGAAUUGCAACGCUUGAAGCAAAAAAAUUUAGAACUUGAAAUGUGUAUUAGUUUACUAAGACAACAAAUGGGCGACAAGCAAAGCCAGAUUAGUUUCUACGAAAAACACAUUCUAGAAAUGCAACAGAACAAAUUAGAAGCAAAAGAAACGUCCAACAUUGAUCAACUUCAACAAACCGUGGUAGAAAAAGAGCGUAUUAUUUUUGAACUACAAUCGUUGCUGAAAAAUGAUCGCGAUGAACACAGCUUAGCUGCAGCAAGAUUUCAAGAGGAAUUGAAACAGUUACAGGCGCAACUUUUACAACAACAACAAGAGCACAUUUCGGAAGCGAAACAAGGAAAGCCAGCGCGUGCCGCAGUGGAAUAUUAUAUUCAGCAGGUCCAUGCUUUGGAAAAGCUGACGACGGAACUGCAAACAUCCGUGAGUACUCUCAGCACACAGUUGCAAGCCAGCCGAGAGGAAUGCGUUCGUUGGAAAACGCUCUCGAACGACAGGCUGCAGAGCGUCGACGAAUUACGAGUCCAACUGGAAGAGCAACAUAAAAAUGAGCUCGAAGCAUACAAAGGAGAGUGCGAAAAAUGGCGUAGCGAAGUGAAAACUUUACAACUGUACAUUAACGCAUACAAGAAAGACUUUGUAGAUCUCCGGCCAAACAUCGAAAAGGAACUCAAAGACAAAGACAAUAAAAUACAUGAGUUGUUGAUUACGAUGCGACAACUAAAGACGGAAUUGCGCAGAAAAUCAAGCAGUCAACCCGUUACAAGCGUGCGUAGUGAAGAAAAUUUCGCAGAAAUAAAGGAGAACUUUUUGCGCGAACAGGAAGUAUUAAAAAAUCGUUGCGAACAGCUGCUGGGGCGUGAGAAGUCCGCACGCGAAGAGAUUCGCAAUCUUAAAGGGCAGUUGAUGAAGCGGCCUGCGAUGUCAGCACGCAGCGAUACAAACCCCACUAAAGAACAGCAAUUGACUAAGAAAAAUCAAUCCCUAGAAAAGGAAGUCAGUGAACUCCGCGAGAAACUAGAGCGAGAAGUCGCCCUCAACGAGGCGCACAAGACCAAAGUCACGGCAGACUUCGAUAAAUGGAGCAAAUUCAAGUACUGGCAGCAGACGGCUGAAAAGACCAAGGCCAAACUGAGGGAGAAAACCGAAGAAUGCGAAAAAAUACAACAGACCUGCUCCAGUUAUCGGAUGCUUAUUGAACGUCUGGAACGAGAGAAACACAAUCUGGAAGUACGAGUUAAAAAUCUCAAAGGAAACGUGACGACAAGUGCAGUGGAUGGCAGUGGUCUUGCAAUAUAUUCGGCGCUGGAAGCGGAAAACCUUAAACUCACAGCGGAAAUUAGCACUCUGAGAGUAAAGCUCGAACAGCAGCAGAAUCAUUCUGGUGCGCUUAGCGCUGCCAUGUUGCAGGAUAAACUCGAAGCGCAAGAAAGAAAAAUUGCAAUUCUAGAAAUGUCUGCAAAGGGCGGCGGCGAAAUGCGUGCCGAAAUGGAACGCGUACAAAACACAAACGCAGUUCUUCAGAAAGCAAACCUUCGAUUGGAAGCUGAAGCACUUGAUAUGCGUCUGGACUUAGAAAAAUCCACCAAUGAAGUUCCUCACCUUCGCGAACAGAUUAACUAUUUAGAAAAUUAUAUAAAACUCUUAAAAUCCAAGAAUUCGGAAGUUGAUCAAACCGUUUCUACAACUAGUGGUAAUACUGCUUCCACAGAAACAAAACGUAUUUCUGAAUUGGAACGUACAGUAUUAGUCCUGAAAAGAGUAGUAGAAAAACUUCAAGUGGAAAAUAAACGAUUAGCGAAUGGUAAUACACGAUCCUGUACAACAUUUGAUCGCACGAAUUCUGGAGAUCGGUUCAAAAGAGAAUAUAAUCGCCUCAAACAGCAGUACGACGAAAAAGUAGACAAAGUAACAAGUCUAGAAAAAGAAUUAAACGCAGCCCAACAGCAACACGCACUUGACGGUUCAGCCAGAGAGGAAUUGAACGCUGUGCGAGAGCAAUUAGAAUAUAAAGGGGAACUUUUAGAAAAAGUGAAGAUUCUUUUACAGAGAGCUGCUGUUAAAGAAAAAGCUCUCCUGGAUCAGGUGAGCACACUAAAGGGAAUCAUUGAUUCAAAAUAAUUAAUUCUACGUCAUUUUUAUAUUAAUUAAUUUAAAUAAAAGUUUUAAAUGCA